AUGCCGACCCGCGACAAGAAGCCGCCAGCGUUCAAGCUGUUGAUGGUCCAGCUUAAGAACAUCCAGACAUCUUUGGACGACAUCUGGAGAUUCGUGGACGGUUACCCGUCGACAACUACAGCAAGUCAAUCGGUCAAACUUCGCUUGAAUAGGAUCGAUGAGUUGUGGGAAAGGUAUGGAGAGAUUCUAAUCGAUGUUCAAGCUCAUGAUGACUUUGAGGAUGAGGAUCAGGAGUUCGAUAAGGCUAGGUUAGCGUAUAGUGAUAAGUACUACUAUUGUAAGGCGUUCUUGAUGGAUAGGGCCAAGGAACUGCAGGAUCCGGAGGAAGUUGAACAAUCCAUACGAGCAAAUGAGUCGUUGACACACGGCCAUGGUACCCUUGAUCAUGUGCGUUUGCCUCAAAUUAAGCUACAAGUUUUCAACGGGGACAUCGAUGAGUGGAUCAGCUUCCGUGAUCUGUUCACUUCACUUAUACAUCGGAAGACGGACUUGCCGGAAGUGGAAAAGUUCCACUAUCUCAAGGGAUGCCUGCAGGGAGAACCAAAGUGCCUGAUUGAUUCAUUGAAGAUUACGAAGAACAACUACCAAAUUGCGUGGGACAUGCUGUUGAAGCGUUAUGACAACAGCAAGCAAUUGAAAAAGCGACAGGUACAAGCUUUAUUCAAUUUGCCAACAUUAUCCAAGGAAUCGGUAACGAAUCUGCAUACUCUGACUGAUGGUUUCGAGAGAGUGGUGCAGAAUUUGGACCAGGUGAUCAAGGCUGAGGGUUACAAGGACCUGUUGCUCGUAAAUCUGCUCACAAACCGGCUGGAUCCGGUAACGCGCCGAGGUUGGGAGGAACAUUCCUCGACCAAGGAUCAAGACACGUUAGAAGAUCUCUCGGAUUUCUUACAUCGUAGGAUCCGGAUUCUGGAGUCAUUACCAACGAAGGCUUCGGAUUCCAAGACUUCUUAUCAAGUACAACAACCGUUGAGACAGAAAUCGUCUGUUGUGAAGGCCAGCUACGGUUCUGUGUAA